UUUAUACAAAGCUCAUUAGAGUCUCCUCUUCGUUUUCCUCCUCUUCCUCUUUUACCCGAUCAUUCCCGUCCCUGAAACCCUAGAUCCUUCCCCCCCGAUUCCUAGGGUUUUCUUUCUAACACUUCGACGAUGUCCCUUUCUCCUCGUCCUACUCCAUUAUAGCGUCUCCGUCUCCCUCCUCUCCGGCGGCCGCGGAGAUGGAUCGCUCCGCCGCAUCCGGAGCCGACGCCGCGGCGGAGACCGCCUUGUUGGAGGACUUCGGCCAGAGGGUCGACCUCACGCGGCGGAUCCGCGAGGUGCUGGUCAACUACCCCGAGGGCACCACCGUGCUCAAGGAGCUCAUCCAGAACGCGGACGACGCCGGCGCCACUAGGGUUUGCCUCUGCCUCGACCGCCGCAAGCACGGCGCUGAGUCCCUCCUCUCGCCGAAGCUCGCUCAGUGGCAGGGCCCCGCGCUCGUCGCCUACAACGACGCCGGCUUCACCGACGACGACUUCGUCAGCAUAUCGCGGAUCGGGGAUAGCAAGAAGCAGUCGCAGGCGUGGAAGACGGGGCGUUUCGGGGUUGGUUUUAACUCGGUGUACCACCUGACAGACUUGCCAUCUUUUGUAAGCGGCAAAUAUAUUGUCUUAUUUGAUCCCCAAGGUGCAUACCUUCCCAAUGUUUCUGCUUCAAAUCCGGGGAAACGCCUCGACUUUGUUAACUCUUCAGCUAUUACACUAUAUAGAGAUCAGUUUUUGCCGUAUUGUGCUUUUGGGUGUAACAUGACAGCCCCUUUUUCGGGCACUUUAUUUCGUUUCCCUUUGAGGAGUGCAAAUCAGGCGGCUGUUAGUAGGCUUUCCAGGCAAACAUACUUGGAAGAUGAUAUUCUUUUGCUGUUUUCACAGCUUUAUGAAGAAGCUGUGUUUUCUAUGCUCUUUCUUAAAAGCAUACUCUCAGUUGAAAUGUAUAUAUGGGACGUUGGUAUGAAUGAGCCACGGAAGUUGUACUCUUGCUCUGUCAAGUCACCAAAUGAGAAUACAGUCUGGCAUCGUCAGGCACUUGUUAGGUUCUCUAAUUCUGCUGAAUCUUUAAACUGGCAAACUGAUCCCUUUUCAUUAGAUUUCCUAAGUGAAGCAUCCUUUGGGUCAAAUGUUGAAAAAAGAAUCUGCACAUUCUUCAUAGUACAGGGGAUGGCAUCAGCAUCUAGUAAAAUUGGUUCCUUUGCUUCUGCUGCAGCUAAAGAUCAUGAUCUCCACUUAUUGCCCUGGGCAUCUGUUGCAGCUUGUAUAUCUGAUGGCGAGCCUGAGGGUGCUGUUCUUAAGGAAGGCCAUGCUUUUUGUUUCCUUCCAUUGCCCGUAAAAACAGGAUUGGCUGUGCAAGUGAAUGGUUAUUUCGAAGUUUCUUCCAAUCGGCGAAACAUUUGGUAUGGAGCUGACAUGGACAGGGGUGGAAAACUUCGUUCUGACUGGAAUAGGCUGUUAUUAGAAGAUGCGAUCGCUCCAGCGUUUAUUGAGUUGCUAUUGGGUUUGAGGACGCUAUUGGGGCCCAAUAAACUAUACUAUUCUGUAUGGCCAAGUGGUUCAUUUGAGGAGCCUUGGAGCAUUUUGGUUGAGCAGAUCUACCAAAUUAUUUAUUUAUCGCCUGUUUUAUAUUCUGAUAUUGGAGGCGGAAGGUGGAUAUCACCAUCUGAAGCAUUUAUUCAUGAUGAGGUGUUUUCUGGAAGUAAAGAUCUUUGUGAGGCCCUUAUAUUGUUAGGGAUGCCUGUUGCUUGUCUGCCUAAUGCUAUUUUUGAUAUGUUUUCCAAAUAUAAUAGGAGUACUAGCCUCAGACUAAUUAAUCCUGCUACAGUAAGACAUUUCCUCAAGGGGUGCCAAACUUUGGCAGCAUUAAACAAAUCUUGUAAGCUAGUUUUGUUGGAAUAUUGUCUUAGCGAUUUGGAUGAUGUUGUUGUUGGUAGAUACUUAAAUGGCCUUCCUUUGCUUCCAUUAGCAAAUAAUCAAUUUGGAGUGUUUUCUGAGGUUUCACAGGGAAAUUUUUAUUUCAUCUGCAAUGAACUUGAAUACAAGCUUUUGAGUGCAGUCCCCGACAGAAUAAUCGACCCAAACAUUCCUUCUAAAUUACUAAGUAAACUCUCUGAUGUUGCCCAUUUCUCUAAGGCAAACAUUGCAUUAGUUGAUGGUCAGAUUUUCCUCCAGUUCUUCCCCAGGCUCUUCCCUGCUGAAUGGAAAUAUAAAAAUCAAGUUGAUUGGAAUCCAGAGUUGGGCAGUACAUUUCCAACAACAGCUUGGUUUGAACUUUUUUGGAAGUAUCUGCGAGAACGCUCUUAUGAUCUUGAGUUAUUCAGUGACUGGCCUCUAUUGCCAUCUACUUCAGGGCACCUUCACAGACCUUCCAAAUUAUCUAAGCUGAUUAAUGCAGAAUUAUUAUCUAGCACGAUAGAAGAGCUGCUAGCAAAGAUAGGAUGCAAAAUAUUAAGUACACAGUAUGGAGUUGAGCAUCAGCAAUUGUCCCUCUAUGUAUAUGAUGGUGAUGUUGCUGGUGUUAUUCAUUCAAUUUUUGAGGCUGUUUCUUCAAGUGGUAAUCCCUUGCACUCUCUUUUUCAAUAUAUUGCUCCUGAUGAGAAAAAUGAACUCCGCCAAUUUCUGCUGGAUCCGAAGUGGUACUUGAGAGGCUCUCUUUCUGAUGAUGACAUGAAGAACUGCAAGAAGUUACCUAUUUAUAGGGUUUAUGCUGAAGGGGAUGUCAAUAUUUGUUACUUUUCUGAUUUGGAUACUUUCAAGUUGUACUUGCCACCAUUAGGCAUGCCUGAAUACUUAUUAGAUGGCGAUUUUAUUUUCUGUUCAUCCCAAAGUGAGGAGGAAAUUUUAAUGAGAUAUUUGAAAAUCGAGCGCAUGAAAAGGUCUUCUUUCUACAAGAAGAGUGUUCUUAACAGAGUUGGUGAACUGCAACCAGAAAUUCGUGACGCAGUAAUGUUAACCGUACUGCGAGAGUUGCCUCAGUUAUGCUUGGAGGAUCCACUGUUUAAAGAAUCUUUAAGAGUGCUUAAUUUUGUUCCAACUAUCACUGGCAGCUUGAGGAGUCCUCAAUCUCUCUAUGAUCCUCGUGUGGAAGAACUUUAUGUUCUUCUGCAGGAAUCGGAUUGUUUCCCUUGUGGAUUAUUUCAAGAAUCGGAUGUUCUCGACAUGUUGCUUAGCCUAGGGCUUAGGACAUCAGUACAUCUUGAUACUGUAAUUCAAAGUGCACGCCAGAUUGAAAUGCUGAUGCACAAAGAUCAGUCGAAAGCUAAUUUAAGGGGUAAGGUGCUGCUUGCUUACCUCGAAGUUCAUGCCAACAAAUGGGUUUCUAAUAGACCGAGAGAUGGUCAAAGAAAGGCGAAUGUGAUGUUUGCUAAAGUUACCAUGGCACUACGGACUCGUGACAUUCCUUUAGAAGCUGACCUUGAGAAAUUCUGGAGUAACCUCAGAAUGAUAUGCUGGUGCCCUGUGCUAGUUUCUCCACCUCAUCCUGCUUUGCCAUGGCCUGCAGUUUCAUCAAAGGUGGCCCCACCUAAGCAAGUAAGACUACAUUCAGAUAUGUGGCUUGUUUCUGCUAGCUCGCGUAUUCUUGAUGGUGAUUGCUCUUCUUCUGCCUUGUCAUAUAGCUUGGGCUGGUCAUUUCCUCCAGCUGGAAGUGUAAUUGCCGCUCAACUGCUUGAGCUUGGGAAAAACAAUGAGAUUGUGACAGACCAGGUGCUUCGGCAAGAAUUGGCUCUAGCUAUGCCAAAGAUAUACUCUCUAUUGACAAAUUUGAUUGGUUCAGAUGAGAUGGAUAUUGUGAAGGCUGUCCUUGAAGGGUGCAGAUGGAUUUGGGUGGGAGAUGGAUUUGCAACAGCAGAAGAGGUGGUUCUCACUGGGCACCUCCAUUUGGCUCCUUACAUACGCGUUAUUCCUGUCGAUCUAGCAGUGUUCAGAGAGUUGUUCUUAGAGCUCAGCAUAAAAGAAUAUUUGAAGCCAGCAGAUUAUGCUAAUAUUCUUUCUCGCAUUGCCAUGAGAAAAGGAUCCGCUCCACUUGAUGGUGAAGAACUAAGAACAUCUGUUUUAAUAGUGCAGCAUCUUUCUGACUUCCAGUUUGAGGAUUCACGCGCACAAAUUUAUCUGCCAGACGCCUUAUCCCGACUAUGCCGAUCAACUGACCUUGUCUUCAAUGAUGCUCCGUGGCUACUUGAUUUUGGAGAGAGCACAUAUACAAAGAAGGAUGUUUAUAAUUUUGUACAUGGCCACAUUUCAAAUGAUGUUGCGGAGAAACUAGGCGUACGCUCUCUUCGCCGCCUGCUGCUUGCCGAGAGCUCUGACUCAAUGAACUUGAGUUUGUCUGGUGUUGCUGAAGCCUUUGGACAGCAUGAGGCCUUGACAACUAGACUCAAACACAUUGUUGAAAUGUAUGCAGAUGGCCCAGGGAUUCUUUUUGAGCUCGUACAAAAUGCAGAGGAUGCACAUGCUUCUGAGGUUAUCUUUUUGUUGGACAAAACUCAAUAUGGUACAUCAUCCAUUCUUUCCCCCGAAAUGGCCGAGUGGCAGGGGCCUGCUCUUUACUGCUUUAAUGACUCUGUUUUCAGCUCGCAAGAUCUUUAUGCAAUCUCACGCAUAGGUCAGGACAGCAAGCUCGAAAAACCUUUUGCUAUUGGCCGGUUUGGUCUUGGCUUCAAUUGCGUAUAUCACUUCACGGACAUCCCAGGUUUUGUUUCUGGGGAAAACAUUGUAAUCUUCGAUCCACAUGCCUGUUAUUUGCCGGGAAUAUCUCCUUCUCAUCCAGGCUUGAGGAUAAGAUUUGUUGGGCGGAGGAUCUUAGAACAAUUCCCUGACCAAUUUAGUCCUUUCCUACAAUUUGGCUGUGACCUCCAACAAGCUUUUCCAGGUACCCUGUUUCGGUUCCCUCUCAGGAAUGAAGCUGCCGCUAAUAGAAGUCAAAUAAAGAAGGAGAAAUAUGCACCUGAAGAUGUGGAGUUGCUCUUUUCUUCCUUUUCUGAAGUUGUAUCAGAGGCAUUACUUUUCCUCCGUAAUGUUCAAAAAGUAACAUUAUACGUGAAGGAGGGAUCUGGUCAUGAGAUGCAACUCAUGCACUGUGCGUCAAGGCGCCAUGCUGGUGUGAUCACAAAGGAAUCUCAUGCACAUCAAGCUAUGCUUGAUUUUAUUCGUGGAAGUCGGCAGAAUGGAAUGGAUAGGGCUCAGUUCUUGAACAGAUUGAAUAAGACCUUAGAUAGCGAGUUGCCGUGGAAUUGCCAGAAGGUUGCGAUUGUCGAAGAAACGCCAAUGGCCAGCAUGUUGCAUUCUUGGAUUAUUAGCGACUGUAUUGGUGGUGGACAAGCUAAACGACGAUCUAUAGUAAUGGGUAAUAAGUCACAUAAUUUUGUACCCUGGGCUUGUGUUGCAGCCUACCUGCACUCCGCAUAUAUAAAGGAUGUAAAGGAGCUGGGUGAAACAUUUAGUAGUUCUGGUGAAAUUGUUGAUACCGAUGCAUCUCUAAAAUACCAAGCUCCUAGGAAAAAGUUUGAGGGGCGGGCCUUCUGCUUCCUACCUCUACCAAUUACUACUAGCCUUCCAGCACAUGUUAAUGCAUAUUUCGAAUUGUCGUCAAAUCGAAGAGAUAUCUGGUUCGGAAAUGAUAUGGCUGGUGGUGGGAAAGCACGAUCUGAGUGGAACACUUGCCUGCUUGAAGAUGUUGCUGCUCCUGCUUAUGCUCACCUCCUAUCUGUCAUGGCUGAAGAGAUUGGCCCUUCCGAUCUCUUCUUCUCAUUUUGGCCCACCACUGUAGGUGCUGAACCAUGGGCUUCUAUGGUGCGAAAGCUCUAUAUGUGUAUCGCUGAUCUUGGGCUCCCUGUGCUAUACACAAAAGCUCGAGGCGGGCAAUGGAUCUCAACGAGGCAAGCUAUAUUUCCCGACUUCAGUUUCUCAAUGGCAGCAGAACUUUCAGAAGUUUUGGCUCAAGCUGGUUUGCCUAUCGUCUCUGUAUCAAAGCUCAUUGUUGAUAAGUUUAUGGAAACAUGCCCAUCCUUGCAUUUCCUAAAUCCCAGUCUGCUGAGGAAUUUGUUAAUUCGACGUAAACGUGGGUUUAAAAGCAAGGAAGCAGUCAUCUGUACGUUAGAAUACUGCUUAAGUGAUAUAAAAGAAUCUGGUUUUUCUGAUAAGCUGCAUGGAUUGCCAUUACUUCCUUUGGCAAAUGGAUCCUUAACGGUUAUUAAUAAGUGCGGGGAAGGUGAAAGAAUAUUUUUUACGUCCCAAAUGGAAUAUGAACUUCUCAAGGAUUCUGUUCCGCAUCUUCUCAUAGAUUGUUCUAUACCAGAUGGAAUUCUGAAGAAACUAUCCAACAUAGCAGAUUCUGCGCAGUCAAACAUACAGUUGUUCACUUGUUCAUGCCUUGUUGAUUUGCUCCCUAGGAUUCUGCCGCCUGAAUGGCAGCAAGCUAAGCAGGUUUCCUGGACUCCAGGUCAGCAAGGUCACCCAAGUCUGGAAUGGAUGAAGUUGCUUUGGAGCUAUUUACAAGAUUCCUGCAAGGACCUUUCCAUUCUUAGCAAAUGGCCUAUACUGCCGGUUGGGAAUGACUGCCUCUUGCAACUUGCUGAAAACUCUAAUGUAAUUAGGGAUGAUGGUUGGAGUGAAAACAUGUACUCAUUGUUACAGAAGCUGGGAGUUUUCUUCCUGAGAUCUGAUCUUCCAAUUGAUCACCCCCAGUUGAAGCAUUUUGUUCAGGAUUCGACGGCACCUGGUGUUUUGAAUGCAGUGUGGUCAGUGGCUUCUCAGCUGCAGGAUAUUAAGGAACUAUUUGCCAAUGCCUCAGUGGCAGAGAUGCAUGAACUUCGGAGUUUUAUUUUCCAGUCUAAAUGGUUUUCUGGUAAUCAAAUUGAUUCUUCACAUAUUAACUUGAUCAAGGUUCUUCCAAUAUUUAACUCUUACAAGAGUAGAGAGCUCGUUAGCUUGUCUGAUCCAACGAAAUGGCUUAAACCUGAAGGCAUGCGUGAGGAUCUCUUAAAUGAAAAUUUUGUUAGAACUGAAUCUGAAAAGGAAAAGAACAUUUUACGAUGCUUUUUUGAUAUAAGGGAGCCUACAAAAACCGAAUUUUACAAAGGUCACGUGCUUAACCAUAUGUCAGAGUUUCUUUCGCAGCCAACCAUUCUUUCAUCAAUAUUAUGUGAUGUGAAGCUUUUGAUAGAAGAAGAUGCUUCCAGAAAAGCUGCUCUAUCGGAAAUCCCAUUUGUUUUGGCAGCUAAUGGUUCUUGGCUACAUCCUUCCCGGCUCUAUGAUCCUCGUGUACCUGAAUUGCGAAGUUUGCUGCACAAAGAACUCUUCUUCCCUUCUGAGAAGUUCAUCGAUGCUGAAAUUCUAGAAUCACUGACAAGUAUGGGGCUCAAAAGGUCCUUGAGUUUUAGUUGUUUACUAGAUAGUGCUAAAUCAGUUUCAAUGAUGCAUGCUUCAGGAGAUAGGGAUGCUUUUAUAUAUGGCCAGAGAUUACUUGUUUAUUUGGAUGCUCUUUCUUUUAAGCUCUCAACCCAUGGCAGACAAAGUAAUGAUGGAGCUGCUAGUUUAAUAAUAAGCAAUUAUGCUAUGGUAUAUGAUGACGAUCUGCAAGCAGAAAACAAUGAAGAUGAUAAUGGCAAUUGGGACGCAGAUGUGCUAUCUUUCCUUUCCCAUUUUGAACAUGAUCUAACCGAAGACGAGUUUUGGUUAGAGAUCAAAACUAUUUGUUGGUGCCCGGCGUAUGUUGCCCCAUUGGUCAAAGGACUUCCAUGGUUAGUAUCAGAAGAUAAAAUAGCACCUCCAAUAAUCACCAGACCUAAAUCCCAGAUGUGGCUAGUGUCGUCUAGAAUGCGUAUUCUUGAUGGCAAUUGCAAAUCUAUGUACCUCCAGCAAAAACUUGAUUGGUUAGAUCCCGCUGAUAUCAGAGUUUAUUCUGCACAAUUAAUUGAACUCUCAAAGUCCUAUAACAACCUCAAGACACAACCUGAACAAGACUGCCCCAUUGACGUCGUGUUGGAAAAAGAGAUCCCUUCAAUGUAUUCGAAAUUGCAAGAAUUUAUUGGUACCAACAAUUUCAAAUUUCUAAAAGAAGAUUUGGAUGGCGUUCCAUGGGUUUAUGUAGGCGACAACUUUGUUCCUCCAAAGGCACUUGCUUUUGACUCACCAGUGAAAUACCAUCCUUAUCUAUAUGUUGUUCCUUCUGAGUUGUCAGAAUUCAGAGCAUUACUUUCAGCAUUGGGUGUAAGAAUGACAUUUGAUGCUUCAGAUUAUCUUAAUGUACUGCAAUGUUUGCAGCGUGACGUGAAAGGAGAGCUGCUAUCUGCUGACCAAUUAACUUUUGUUCACUGCGUACUGGAAGCUUUUGUUGACAGUUAUGCUGGAAAGCAAGUUCCUGAUUUAAUGUUGAAAUCACUGUUAAUUCCUGAUUCUUUAGGAGUUCUAAUGCCUGCUUUGAAUCUUGUUUAUAAUGAUGCCCCAUGGAUGAAAGAUAGCAGUCCAGGUUCGAAACAUUUUGUACACUCAAGUAUCAGUGAUGAUCUAGCUAAAAGGCUCGGAGUACAAUCUCUUGGUGGUUUGACUUUAGUUGAGGAUGAACUGAUGAGGGAUUUACCAUGCAUGAAUUAUCCUAAAAUAUGUGAACUGCUAGCUUUGUAUGGGGAGAGUGAUCUUGUUCUGUUUGAUCUUCUAGAAUUGGCUGAUUUCUGCAAUGCAAAGAAAGUACACCUGAUCUAUGACAAACGAGAGCAUCCCCGACAAUCUUUACUCCAACAGAAUCUAGGUGACUUCCAAGGUUCUUCUUUGACAGUGGUAUUUGAAGGAGUGACGCUAAGCCAGGAAGAAGUAUGUAACCUCCAGCUUCCUCCCCCUUGGAAAGUUCAGGGCAGUGUUCUAAAUUAUGGCUUGGGACUUAUCAGCAGUUACUUUGUAUGUGAUGUUUUGACUGUUCUUUCGGGCGGUUACUUCUACAUCUUUGAUCCAUUGGGUUUGACUCUUGGUGCACCCUCUAGUGGUGUCCCUUCUGCAAGAUUAUUCUCUUUAUCAGGCACCAAUUUGGUUGAGAGAUUUCGUGAUCAAUUCUAUCCAAUGCUUGUAACGAAGGAAAUAUCUCUGUCAUCAUCUAACUCUACAGUUAUACGCAUGCCUUUGUCAUCAAAGUGCUUGAAAGAACUUGAAACAGUUUCUAAGAGGGUAAAGCAGAUCUUUGAUCGAUUUAUGCAGCAUUCAUCUUCAACGCUUCUGUUUUUAAAGUCAAUCUUGCAGGUUUCUUUAUCAACAUGGGAGGAGGGGAACUCCCAGCCUUCUUUGAACUAUUCUGUGUUUAUUGACCCAACAUUUGCUAUUUUGAGGAACCCAUUCUCCGAGAAGAAAUGGAGGAAGUUUCAAAUAUCAAGAUUAUUUACGGGUUCAAAUGCAGGCAUCAAAAUGCAUGCAAUAGACGUGAGUGUAAUUGAGAGCGGAAGCAGUUACAUAGACAAAUGGCUUGUUGUGCUUUGCCUGGGAUCUGGGCAAACUCGAAACAUGGCUCUUGAUAGGCGAUAUCUUGCUUAUAACUUGACACCUGUUGCUGGAGUGGCAGCUCAUGUAUCUCGUAAUGGAAGCCCUCUAAGUGUGCAGUCUUCAAGCUGCAUAUUGUCACCUCUUCCUCUCUCUGGAUCUGUAAGUAUGCCAGUCACAGCUCUUGGGUAUUUCCUUGUAAGCCACAAUGGUGGCCGCUACAUUUUUACUCAUGAUGAGACAACUUCGCCGGAAUUACACAUCGAUUCUACAAAGCAACUAGUUGAAGCAUGGAACAAGGAACUGAUGCUAUGCAUACGGGAUUCAUAUGUUGAGCUGGUAUUGGAAUUUCAAAAGCUUAGAAAGGACCCCGGGGCCUCUGCUGUAGAAUCAAAGUCCGCCCAUUCUUUAAGUUCUGUUUUGCAGGCAUAUGGUGACAGAAUAUACUCAUUUUGGCCAAGAUCUAGACAGCAGCCAACUUUAUCUGAUAAUUUGUGCUUAUCGAAAGCAACCGAAGCAGACUGGGAAUCACUGAUCGAACAAGUUAUAAGGCCGUUUUAUAAACGCCUGGUCGACCUUCCUGUCUGGCAACUCUAUCGUGGAAAUCUUGUCAGAGUUGAUGAAGGCAUGUUCCUCUCACAACCCGGGAGUGAUGGAGUUAACUUGCCAUCGGCUAGUGUUUGUAGUUUCAUCAAGGAACAUUAUCCUGUUUUUUCUGUACCAUGGGAAUUGGUUGGAGAAAUUCGAGCAGCAGGAAUUAAAGUAAGGGAAAUCCAGCCUAAGAUGGUCCGUGAUCUACUGAGAGCUUCUUCUUCUGUUAUACUUCGAUCUAUCGAUACAUACAUCGACGUUCUAGAUUAUUGUUUCUCUGAUAUCCAUCCAACCCAGCCAGCCAAUCUCAGACCAGUUGAGAAUAUGAGUAAGUCUGUAACUGAAAUGCAGCCUUCUUCAAGUUCGAGCAUGCUCCAUUCGCACCAUACAGUUUCACAGAGCACAGGUACUCCUGGAGGUGAUGCCCUGGAAAUAAUGACUUAUUUCGGCAAGGCUUUAUAUGAUUUUGGCCGUGGAGUUGUUGAAGAUAUUAGCAAAGCAGGAGGCCCUAUAGCUCAUGCAACUAGUAGCGCAGGUAGCAGCAAUUUACAUGCUGAUCGGUUAUUGUCAUCACUAAUUGCUGAAUUUAAAGGUGUUCCAUUUCCAACUGCAACAAAGUGUCUAAUAAGGUUGGGGACAACUGAACUUUGGAUUGGAAACAAGGAGCAGCAGCUAGUCAUGCACCCAUUAGCUGAUAAAUUUAUCCAUCAUCAGUGUUUAGAGAAACCCAUCUUGGCUGCAGUACUCUCAUAUCCAGCUAUUCAUCGGCCUUUGAUGUUGAGGCACUUUUCCCCACACUUGCUAUCGGGCCAUUUAAGGGUUCUUUUUCAUGAGCAUUGGGUAAAACUCGUAGAAACUAGUCGGGCUCCUUGGAUUUCGUGGGGUAACAGUACAGAAUCAUCCUCUUAUGGACCUACUCCUGAAUGGAUAAGGAGUUUCUGGAAAAUUUACGAGUCUUUACAGGGUGACCUUUCACUUCUAUCAGACUGGCCUCUAGUUCCUGCUUACUUGAAUGGGCCAGUUUUGUGUCGUGUAAAAGUGCGCCACCUAGUAUUUGUUCCACCUGUUACUGAUUUAACUCUUGAGAAUAGUGGAGAGUUUGGCCUGGCAAGUAACAAUAUUUCGGAAACUGAGCUAGAAAAGUUGCAUCAUGUUGCAUUUAAUUUCACAAACUCCAGACAUCCAUGGUUAUUUCCUCUACUUAAUCAGUUUAAUAUACCCUUAUAUGAUAUAUCCUACCCAGAACUUGAUGUACUUUGCAAGUUUGUUCCUGCUCGCAGUCAGACGAUUGGGCAUGCAAUUGUGUUUAAAUUACUUGCUGCCAAAAGAGCAGGUUAUCUGUCUGUGCCAGUUCAGUUAUCAGAUGAAGAUCGUGAUAGGCUGUUUUCUCUAUUUGAAAUGGAUUUCAAUGCGCCCACCCAGCAUGUGUACCAGAGAGAAGAGCUAAAUGUGUUGAGAGAACUCCCAAUAUACAAAACAGUCCUGGGCACCUACACAAGUUUAUAUGGCUCUGAUCAUUGGCUCGUUUCCCCUACUGCAUUCUUCCAUCCUAAUGAUGAACGAUGUCUUUCCAGUUCAGCGGAAGCAAGUUCAUUUUAUCAUGCUUUAGGAGUUGAACAGUUGAGUGAUCAAGAAUUGUUAGUCAGGUUUGCCUUGCCCUUCUUUGAAAACAAAACCCCACAAGAACAGGAUGAUAUACUAUUGUACUUGUAUACGAAUUGGAACAAUCUACAACUGAAUUCUGCGGUGCUGACUAUCUUGAAGGAGACAAACUUCAUAAAGAAUGCGAAUGAGCUUUCAACUGAGUUAUUUAAACCAAAGGAUUUACUCGAUCCUUAUGAUUCUCUUCUUACAUCAGUAUUCUCUGGGGAAAAAAGCAAGUUUCCAGGUGAGAGGUUUGUAACAGAUGGAUGGCUUCGCAUACUGAAGAAAGCAGGCCUUCGUACGUCCUCGGAAGCUGAUAUGAUAAUAGAAUGUGCAAAGAAAGUAGAGGCCAUGGGCAUUGAUGCUAUGACCUGUGUCGAAGAGCCUGACGAGUUUGAGGGAGACUUUUCGAGUAGCAGAAAUGAAAUCUCUUUCGAGAUAUGGACAUUAGGAGAAUCUAUUGUUAAUUCCAUAUUCUCAAAUUUCGCUACUCUUUUUGACAGUGCCUUCUGUGAAAAGAUUGGAAAAAUUGCAUUUGUACCUGCUGAAAAAGGUUUUCCUAGUAUUGGUGGUAAGAAAGGGGGUAAAAGGUUUCUCUCUUCCUAUAGAGAUGCUAUCUUGCUAAAGGACUGGCCGUUGGCCUGGAGCUCUGCUCCUAUUCUUACUAAACAGAGUGUCGUUCCUCCUGAAUAUUCUUGGGCUGCAUUUCGGCUUCGAAGUCCUCCAGCCUUUUCUACAGUCCUGAAGCAUCUACAGAUUGUUGGAAGAGAUAAUGGUGAAGAUACGCUUGCUCACUGGCCAACUUCAUCAGGGAUGAUAACAGUUGAAAAUGCUUUCCUAGAGAUUCUCCAGUACUUAGAGAAAACAUGGGGAACACUAUCUUCUUCAGAUAAAACCGAAUUGGAGAAGUUGGCAUUUGUACCUGUUGCAAAUGGUACUCGCUUGGUCUCAGUAAAGUCUCUUUUUGCUCGCCUAACUAUAAACAUGUCACCUUUUGCCUUUGAACUUCCGAGCCCAUAUCUUCCAUUUAUCAACAUCCUCAGGGAGCUGGAAAUGCAAGAAAAUCUUACUGUUUCCUAUGCAAGGGAUUUUCUUCUGAGUAUCCAAAAAGCAUGUGGUUACCAGCGGUUAAACCCAAAUGAACUCCGUGCAGUGAUGGAAAUUUUGAAUUUCAUAUGUUGUUCUGGUACUACACAGGCAAUAACAGAUGAAUCGGACAUCAUUGCUGAUACGAUAAUCCCGGAUGAUGGAUGCAGGCUUGUCUCAGCAAGAUCAUGUGUGUAUAUUGAUCCAUAUGGGUCUCAGAUUCUCAGUUUUAUAGAUACAUCUGCAUUACGAUUUGCUCACCCGGAGCUUCCUGAAAGUAUACGCACAUUCUUGGGCAUCAAGAAGCUUUCUGACAUCAUUGUCGAGGAAUUAGAUGAAGAACUGGAACUACAAUUUGUGGACCAUGUUGCAUCCGUACCACUGAGCAAGAUAAAAGAAAAGCUUUUAAGCAAAUCAUUACACAAUGCAGUUUGGAUCUUACUAAAUGGCAUAAACAAUCAUUUCCCUUCAUUUCAAGGCCUUACUUUGUUUGAAACGCAAAACUUGCUGCAAGACAUGGCAGAAAAGCUCCAAUUCGUUCAACACCUCUACACUCGGUUUCUCCUGCUCCCCAAGCUUAAGGAUAUUACAAGGGUGGUUAACAAUUCCGCUUUUCCUGAGUGGGGAGGCAAUGGACAAAAGCAUCAAAGUAUUCAUUUUGUAAACAAAUCGAAAACCCGUAUUUUAGUUGCAGAGCCACCGAGUUUUCUGACAGUAUAUGAUAGCUUAGCAAGUGCUGUUAGCCACAUCCUGGGUGCACCAGUAACAUUACCCAUUGGGCCACUUUUGGUCUGUCCGGAUGGUUCAGAGAAAGAAGCCCUAAAAAUACUUAAGAUAGGGCCUGAAAUUGGAUCUUCUAAAAAGGGAGGAAAGUACAAUGUUUCAUUGGGAAAGGAGUUACUGCCUCAGGAUGCUCUUCGGGUGCAAUUUCUUCCUUUACGACCAUUUUAUUCUGGGGAAAUUGUAGCAUGGAAAACAGGAAAAGAGGGGGAGAAACUGAGGUACGGCAGGGUUCCAGAGGAUGUGAGGCCAUCAGAGGGCCAAGCACUAUACAGGCUCUCGGUGGAAACAGCACCUGGUGAAACCUUAAUGCUGCUUUCUUCUCAAGUUUUCUCAUUUCGAAGUGUUUCGAUGGCUGACGUUUCUUUUGUGCCCGACCAACCUGAGAGUAGUGAGAGAGGAGCAGGAAAUACGAGGUCCGGCCUUACAUUGGCAAAUACCAGGAGUGCGGAAGUCACGAACCACAAUGAUAAGAUCCAGUAUGGAAAAGUUUCUGCAACAGAAGUGGUGCAAGCAGUUCAUGACAUGCUUUCAGCUGCUGGAGUCAAUCUUGAUGCCGAGAAGCAAAGCUUGCUCCAGACAACUCUGAGUCUGCAAGAGAAGCUUAAAGAAUCUCAAGUAGCCCUUUUGGUCGAACAGGAAAAGGCUGAAGCAGCAGUUAAAGAAGCUGAUGGGGCAAAGGCGGCAUGGUUAUGCCGGGUCUGUCUGACUAACGAGGUCAAUAUCACUAUCAUUUCUUGCGGCCAUGUAUUGUGUAACAGAUGCUCAGCUUCCGUCUCGCGUUGCCCAUUCUGCCGCACCCAAGUUUCGAGAAUAAUGAAGAUUUUUAGGCCAUAAAAGCCACAUGAACCAUUCAUUUUUUGGGGUUAGAUUCUUCAACUCUAUGUUGAAGCAUCCUGAUCUUGCAAGAUACAGGUGAAGAUUGAUGCUAGUUAUAAAGACUGAUCUCUUUGAGUUGACGAAACCUACAUUCCUUGAUUCUGGAAGUUUGUACAGUUUUAAUGGGAAUUAUUAUACAACCUGUAAAGGUGUAAAAAUUCUUUCACAAGAAAAGGUGUAUAUAUGUCGGCAACAAGCUAUAAACUGAUACUUCCGCCCAGAUACUAAGUUUAGCAUUCUUUCCUGUGUACAAAGGUUUCGCUGUUAAACCAGAGAUGUGCUACGGGGGCCAUUAUUAUUAAUUGAUGUCAGUUUGCUUUCUUAAACAAAAUAUAUAUAAAUAUGAUUGGCAGGACUAGGAAGUGUGUUUUCUUCU